AGCGUUUAUAUGAUAUCGGAGAUUGAUUUUCGGACAAUAUGAAAAUUUGAAAAUGUUGGACAGUGUAUCUAACGGUGGUAACUAGUGGUAACUAGAAAAAAACCGAUAUUGUUAUCCUAGUAACUUUUUGAUGCUUCAGGUGUAAUCGGCAAACUCCGCAUGCGCUUUACUCCAAAAAAAGCAUCAGCCAUAUUGGUGUGUUGUAUCGCUGUCCUCAGUAAUUUCGAAGAUCAGUGAGCGAGUAGUUCGUCAUGACGGAUUCUAUGAAAUUUGGUCCAGAAUGGUUGCGCAAUCUGUCAGGAGACAGUUGCAAUAGCAGCAGCAGUGGAGGAGGUAGUACGAGUUUGAGUACUCCACGUUAUCAAUUAGCCGAACAUAGAUACGGACGGGAAGAAAUGCUGAUAUUAUUCGACCGCAACUGCAAGCCCCCGGAACCGUUGACAACUUUCUCAUCGUUGUAUGUCGAGAAAACUCAGUUACCUUUGGCUCUUAUACAAAUGACAGAAGACGAAACGCGGAUGUGGAACGGCGGAAUAAGCAACGUUGGCGGAAGUCGAGGAAGAGGCGGAAGCGUGGACCGUGGAGGGCGCGGAAGGAACGGGAGAGGCGGCUUGUUCUCCUCCCAUUAUUCCCGAGGUGUCGGCUUCGAUGAUUCCGGGGAUGGCUCACGAAUCGACAGUCAGCCGUUCCCAGGAAGAAAUCGACCGUUCGAUAGAUCCCAAAGCGAACGGGGCUGGUCAGAAAGAAACGGUGUUUCGGAUCCGGGCGAGUGGAACGGUUCUACUAGUCCUAGGAAAGAAUUGAGUCGCGGAGCUAGCGGUAGUUCGCUUAUGGAAAGCAAUUGGCGACGCCACCGCGCCGGUACAGAAGACGACGACGGAUGGCGUAAAUGGGGUGGUAGGAACAGCUGGCGCGAAGGCGGAAGCAUGGACAGGGAUAGAUUAGAGAGGAACGAAGGUGACGGGGAGGAAGGCCGUACCGGUGGCGGUAGAUGGGAACAUCGUGGGACUCAUAGAGUCGCCCACGACUCGAGCCAUCAUCCACCACUUCGUACGGCGCGCACUUGGGAGUCUAAUCAUCACGACAACAAUCAUGAUAAUCUUCCCGAGUGGGCCACCGAGAAUCCCAGCGAAAGCGGAGGAAGUUUCGACGCUUCGGGUGCGUUCCACGGUGGAAUGUACUCGGACGACGACGAGGACGGGGUAAUAAGCGCCGGCGGUACUCAAGAAUCAAGGACUCGCCGCGUGUCCGAAGGAAGCGCUGCCACUACAACGAAACCCGGUAACAAACCCUUAUCUUACAGCUCGACUCAGGGUCAAUUAGUGAGUCGCAGCGUCGGUAGCGGAGUUAGCGCGAUAAAUAAAGACCGAGCGAAGUCGUUGCACCAUCCGAUCGAUACUAAAGACGAGAGUAUCGAGAAGGAAAGGAGAAGCUGUUCUCCGCCCGUGAAACCGCCUGCCGCUACCGCGGUCAAUACCCCGAGCAAAAGCUCGACGUCGCAUGCAGCGUCGCAGCCUGAAAGUAGCACGCAGAAACGAAUCGCGGUGGCGAUUGCAGGUACGGAGCAAACAGAGACUGAGAUCGCGAUGCCGACCGAUACAGAAAUGAAUAAAUCUCCUAGUAAAGAGAAGAAGAGGGAAGAAGUUGUUGUCGAAACGGACGGUCAAAGCGACGCGUUUCCUAACGUGGUUAAAAGGCAAGUCGGCAAGUUGCAAACGGAGGAAACGCAAAUGGUUGUGCAUAAUACGGAGACUGAGUGCGCGAGGCAGAGGUCCGAAGACGAUUUGGAUAGAAUGAAGGAGGAAGCGGACGCGUUGGUAGCGAAGUUGAUGGCGGACGAAGAGAGUCAUAGGGAGAAGUCUGCUAGUGGUGUACCGCCUUCUAUUGGUAACCAACCUUCCACAGUCCCAUCUACGAACGGACAGGAGAAAUGGUUUUACCGUGAUCCGCAGGGCGAAGUUCAGGGACCGUUCUUAGCAAGCGAAAUGACGGAAUGGUGCAAAGCCGGCUACUUCACCGCUGGUUUGAUGGUAAGAAGAACAUGCGACGAGCGGUACGCUACUUUAGGAGAUUUAUUGAAGAUAUGCGGCAGAAUACCGUUCACGCCUGGCCCUCCUAUACCUCCCUUAAAGUUAACGGAUCAGGUGAUACCGCCAGUACCUAACGCGGUGCCAGCCGGAAUGUCCGCGCUACCGAAACCUGGCAUCGACGAUCCGCUACUCCUGCUUCAGUAUCAACAAAUGCGAAUGUUGCAGAAUCAACAGAUUCUCUUAAGACAAAUACGGGCUUCAGCUAUAGCGAAACUCUCUCAAUCGGAGCAUUGGGCGACGUUGAGCCCUCACGAACAGAAUCAGUUGAUUUUCCAACGCGUUCUGCAAGAAUCGGAUAUACCAGACGUCCCAAUUUCUACGAGCCCGUUCGUACCUCAUCUACCGACUCAGGCUUCGAACCCGGUUAUGCAACUUUUCACUCAAAUGCAACAGGCUAAAACGCCAGCAGAGACCCACUUAACGCCGAGCCCGUUGCAACAUACUAAUACGCCUUCCAGUACAGCGCCGCAUCCCCCAGCAGUGGAUCCCAUACAGCAGCUGAUACAGCAGAUGGGCGGAGUACAAAAUAUACCAGGAAUGCAGCAGCCGAGUAUAAAUUCGGCGGCGACGGCGGCCGCGACGCAAGAGGACAAUCCUAUUAAAUCUUUGUUACGUCAACUGAACAUUAACACGAAUGGUCACCCGCAAGCGUCUCACAUGGACACCGUUUGGCCUCAGCCACCGCCGCAAAUAAAUCCACAAUUCAAUGCGCAGAAUUGGUUAGCGCAGGUUGGACCGAUACCGGCUGUACCUCCUGGUCAAUUACCCAUCUCGUUAUGGGAUCUACAUACUAAUAAAGAAAUAAAGACUGAGCAGCAGAUACUGGAAGAGCAGAAUCUUAGGCUGCAAGAAGACAGGAAGAAGGAAGAAUUACGAAAGCAAGAGGAAUUGCAGCGGCAGGCCGAGGAAGAGAACGCGAAAAGAAAAAAGGAGGAACAAGCUAAGCAAGCGGAAGAAGCGAAACGAAAAGACGAAGAAAGGAAGAAAAAGGAAGAAGAGAAGAAACGAAAAGAGGAGGAGAAGCGCAAACAGGAAGAGGAACGGAAGAAGAAAGAAGAGAAGAAACGUAAAGAAGAAGAGAAGAAACGAGAAGAGAAACGGAAGCUGGAGGAGGAGAAUUUAAGAAAGAAACAAGAAGAAGAGAAGAGGAAAAAAGAGGAGCUUAAGAAGCAGGAAGAGAAGCUAAAGAAAGAAGAGGAGAAGAGAAAGAAAUUAGAAGAAGAACAGAGGAAACAGGAAGAAGAAAGAAUGCGGAAAGAGGCAGAGACGCGCAAGCAAGCUGAGGCCGAAGAACAGGCCCGUCGAGCGGAACAGAGACGGCGCGAGGCUGACGCACUUCGUAGGCUACAAGAACGGAGCAAAGCACCUUGGGCGCAGGCACCGCGUGCCCCGGCUCCGGCCACUCCCGCUGCUUCGCUCGCCGAAAUUCAGAGACUCGAGCGAGAGAAAAAAGCGGAAGAGCAACGGUUCCAGCAAAUAAUGCAGCAACAACUGGCGCAGCAGAAAGCGAUGGAAGCGGCACAGGAAGCGGCUGCUGUCGACUCAUCGAAGAGGCUGCAGUUCAAAUGGGCGGAGAAUGCUACGGGUUCCACGAAGUCUGUGCCUGUAAAGAGCCUCGCGCAGAUUCAGCAGGAAGAGCAAGAACGGAUCGCCAAGGUAAAGCAGCAAGAAAGGGAACGUCAGGAGAAAGCGGGACAGAAAGAAUCAACAAGCGUGCUGCAGAACGCUGGAAUAUGGGGCACCGCUUCUCAGUGUCUGAACUGGGCUAAUUCAAGUAGCAAUAAUCAAGCUUGGUCGAGCAAUAGCGGGUCGAGUGGUUUCUGGGAUGAUUCUACUUUGAUCAAAUCCAGUGGCGCUGUAAAACAGCCCGCGAAACAGAGCACCGCGAUGGCUAAGAUUCCUCCUGCCGCUGUUGCGGCUGGUCAACAGCAGCAAGCGACUAACAAGGCGAAUAAGAGUAAGAAUAAAAGAGAGGAGGAACUUGUAAAGAAAUUAUUCGAACAGAACACUGCCAAGACGGACGACUUCACGCAAUGGUGCAACAAAGCACUGAGCGGUUUGCAGGUGUCUGUGGACAUCCCAACGUUCGUCGGAUUUCUACGGGACAUCGAAUCUGCCUAUGAGGUCAAGGAAUACGUUCGGGACUAUCUUGGCGAUAAUAAGCAGAGCUCGGAAUUCGCCAAACAGUUUUUGGAGAAACGCAGCAAAUGGCGGUCGGCGCAGCGACCUCAGGCCCAGGCGGACGAUCUCUGCAAGCCGGCUCCCGCCGUCAAUCCCAAUGCACCUACGGAAUUUCAGGAAGUGAAGGGAAAGUCGAAGAAGCCAAAGAAGGGGAAAAUGUACAAAGUGGAUAAUAGAAUCCUCGGCUUCAGCGUGACCGCGGCCCCCGAUCGGAUCAACGUAGGCGACCGCGACUACGGAGAAGGAGUCUGAAUCAAUCCCCCCGCCCCUCCCACGUACCCUCACGUAUUAUCGGAAAUUUUGCAACGCUCGGCGCCCACAGACAAACGUUUCGUCAUAUUUAUUUAUCGUAGAUGCCAAAUAAUUCCGAAGGGACCCGUGCCGAACCACAUCGACAAGAAUCGUAUAAGAUUUUUCUACGAUCAGAAGGAUCUCCGUAGUCGCCUCUCGCGAACGUUCGAAACGGGAACCUCGGACCACCGAGACAGCGUGGCAUUAUUUCCUUCUUAAAACGGAGCUCCGAAGGGAAAAAAGAGAAAUCACCAAUUGUAUAUAUUAUGGAGGAUACUUGGCAACAAAACAAGGCGAACCUAUCUGCCUCCUGUCUGCGCGUAUACAUAUAAAUAUAUAAAUAAAUAUAUAUAUAAAUAUACAUACUAUAUUCGUAUAUAGUAUUGAAACGUUUUGUAACAUUUCACUAUCAUCGUCGUAAAGAGAAAAAAAAAAGAACUUAUGCCGAUCGAUAAACUCGUACAUGCGGAUAAUAAAACAUCGCUGUCGAAAGCAAUACGUGCUCACGAAGGUGUGUUCAACAAGCGAGUGAAAUAACAUUUGUCAAGUGCGUGGCUGCGACGAGAAGAAGGAGAAAUAUGAUAUCGAUCAAAAACAGGAUAGAGGAAGAGAGAGUGAGGUACAGAGGAAGUUGUGCCUCCUCUCCAUCGAAAUGCACCGAGCAAACGAUCAUAUAAAUCCUAUGGAUUUCUUGAUUUUUCUAAUCGUAACAUCACGAUACGCCGAUUAAUACAACUUGCUUCGAUUUAACGCUAUUUAAUAAUUGCCACGUUACGUUCGUUAAAAACAGCCUGAUUAUCAUUAUCCUAUUUUCUUUCCCAUUGUGUCCCCCGCGAAUAGAUUCACUACUUUUAAGGGUAACGAUAUUACUUUGACUGAACGCAAACCACGUUUAUGUGAAUUAAAAAUUUUAUAUUAUUAUAAAAAGGUUACUUAUACCGAUGGAAGUACGCGACGAGGCAGCAGCAGCAAUGCGAGGAGAGAGAAUAACAAGCUCUUGUACUUUUCUUAAAACAAACAAACAAAAAAAGCCACUUUGAAUACAAUGACGUAUAUUUAAAGGAUGGAAUAGUACUUGAAUGUUGUACGAUUUAUAAACGAAAUAAACUAUCUCUUUCAUUUUCCUGUUUUGCACCAAUGAACAAAAAAAAAAAGUAAAUGAAAGUAAGCGUCGUGUAAACUUAGGUAAUAUACGUGUAACAUGUCGACCCUGAUGAAAAAAAGUAAUUGCAUAGGAUGUAAGGGAAUAUUCCAGAUCGAUCACUGGCGUGGUGCCUAUGCGUGUGUGUGGAUCUCAAAACUCUCGUCGGCAUAGACCGUUCUUAAUAAUAUCAACGAGAGCCCGGCGGUAAUUCUAUCUAACGCAGUCUUACGUAAGAUUUUAAUUAAUAUUUAAAGUUGAAAACAAAAAAAAUGAACAAAAAAUAUCUUUUGUAAAGUUCUAAUUGUAAGUGUAAAUGAUGAACUUCUCCCCCCCUUCCCCACUUUUAACAAGCAGUUAAACGAGCGUGAAGCUUUUAGCACCUGAUUCGAAAUGAAAUAUAGAAUUCUCCACUCCCCCCCUUUUUCUUUUUGUUGUUUUCUUUCCUAAUGGAUAACAAUGUCCGGAUAAAGCGACGCGAAUACUCUGUUUACGAAAGCGCGGAUGAUGUUGCGAACAGAUCUGACCGCACUUAAUAUUAUAAUGGUUGUUAAUUAAGGCUCGUUGAUCUUCCUUUAACGUGAAAUAGUUAGGGGAAGAUCACAGAUCCUUACGUGAAAGAUUUAAUUGUAUAAAUAGAUAAAUGUACAGUAACACGAUAAUGACAUAGGCAAGAACAGAUCAUUGAUAUUGUAUUAAUAUUAUUAUUAUUAUUGUAUCUAACGUACAACAUAAUAAAAUAAAUAUUAUUAUAUUUUCAA